GGAUCCAACCACCAUCGCCAUGACUGAUGAAGCACCUGACGGGGCUGAUGACGUGGAGGAUGAGCCCGACGUGGAGGGGCUCUUUGGCUCCAGCGAUGAAGAAGGAGAGGAGCCGAUGCCGGACGAAGCGGAGCUCUUCGGAGGCUCUGAUGAGGAGGACGAAGAUGGAGCGGCUGAUGCUGUGCCCGAUAGCAGAUCAGAGAUCAGUGACAUGGAUGAGAGGGACAUCUUCGGUGAUGUCUCCGAUGAUGAUCCGGAAAAGGAGCUGACCAUCGAGCUGGAGUCCAGACAACGACCUCCGGCCGACCAGGAGCUGGUGACCAUGCGCUUGCCGAACAUCAUUUCCUUCGAAGAAGCUGAAUACAGUGGAUUCGAUUCCAUUACGGAUGAAAUGAUGGAAGGUUACAAGGAGUACAAGAACACCCGCGGCAAUAGCGCGUUGAAGCUGAUGAACCCCGAGAAUUGCGUGCGUUGGCGCUACGAAGAGGAUGACGUGGGGAAUCGCACCUUGGACGAUGGCGGCAAAGAGGUCUGCGAGUCCAACACGCGUCUGGUGGAGUGGGAAGAAGGGUCAUGGAGCCUCUUUGUUGGCGGCGAAGCCUUUCAGAUCCAGCAGAUGAGCGACAGGACACCCAUCUUCGAAGAGAACAGCAAAGACGUCUUCGUUUGUCAUGGGAGUAUCACUCAGAAGUUUCAGGCGAUGCCCAAAUCCAUGGACUCGGCAUCGCACGAGAUGCUCAAGAAGUCUCAGUACCGAAAGUACGAACCCGUGCGCCGCUCGCUGCUGAUGACCGAAGCGGACACUAUGGAUGCCAAGCAAGCAUUAGAAAUCCAAGCCAAUGAACGAAAGGCUCGAGCAAAGAAGCGGCCGGCGGUGGAAGGAGGUCCAAUGACAGCUGGCUUCCUGGAAGAUGAUGCGUCGGUCCAUGGGCCGAGUGUGGCAGACAUCAAGAAGCAAUACCGUAGUCGACCGGCCAAACGGCCCAAGCCCGAGUCGCCUUCGCAGUGAUGCGAAAAAAAA